AUGGUUCUGCUGCGGGGCUCUGCGCUCUGGCGCGAGGAGAGGGAAGGCGACGCUCCGGCAGCUGUUCCCAGCGCCUUCAGGGCUUUGCAGAAUUCCCUCCAUGAGCUCGGCACGGAGGGGAAAGGCGUGAAGUGGACUGGCGAACAGACGGGGUGGUGGCUCGUGGCUCAGUUUGCUCGGGACAGGGGAAGCAGCGGCGGCCAAGCUGAGACGAGAGCUGGCGGCGGGGCCGAGGCAGCACAGGGUCGGUGUGAGGCUGCUGUGCGGGGCGACAUCAACAUUAAAGCAGUUUGUCCCAGCCUGGGGCCAGGGCCGCCGCUGCGGCUGCGGCUGCUUCUGGGCGUCCUCCUGCUGCGUGGUGGAGAGGCGGCGGCCGAGCCGUGCCAGGCGCCGCGGCAUUGGGAACGGCGUACCGUGUUCAACGAGCAUGGCUCAGGCCGCAAUACGCGGGCCGCUGUCUCCUACGACGGCCCCAACCAGCGCCUCCGCGUCCUGGAGGAGAGGAAGGCGCUUAUCCCCUGCAAGAAGUUCUUUGAAUAUAUAUUGCUCUACAAAGAUGCAGUGAUGUUUCAGAUUGAACAAGUUACAAAGCUUUGCUCAAAGAUUCCUCUGACAGAGCCAUGGGAUCCAUAUGAUAUUCCUGCCAAUUCAACUUAUGAAAAUCAGUACUACAUUGGGGGACCGGGAGAUGAAGUUAUGGUACAGGAAUGGUCUGACAGAAAACCAGCCAGGAAAUGUAUGUGACUGCAUUUGUUUAAUUUUAAUAAUAAUCAGUGUCUCUUCUGCACAGGGAAGAAUAAAAUUAUUCGUGUUUCACCCCGGCUUUCCAUAUUUCUAUAAAG